CGGAAAACGACAGAAAACAUGAUUAUAAUACUGCUCGUUUUUUCAGUGAUAUUAUUCGACAAUGUCAAUGCUGAAUGUAAAAAAAGUGCAACAACUGCAAGUGGCUCACAUGCACCCAAAAGUAUCUGUUCUGGUGAUCUAAUCUUCGAAGACAAUUUUAAUUCUUUUGACUUAUCGAAAUGGGACCAUGAGCAAACCUUAGGUGGUGGUGGAAACAACGAAUUUGAAUGGUAUACGGAUGAUAAACGUAACAGCUAUGCUGAAAACGGAAAAUUACAUAUUAAACCAACUUUUGUAGCCGAUGAACAUGGAGGAGACGGAUUCUUAUAUUCUGGUACUAUUGAUUUAGGAAAGAAGUGUACAAAUAAGGACAAUGAAGGUUGCAAAAGAACAGGUUCAGCUAAUGCCAUAGUCAAUCCCGUAAAAAGUGCUCGUAUUCGAACUUUAAACUCUUUUUCGUUUAAAUAUGGUAAAGUUGAAGUUAGUGCUAAAGUUCCUUCUGGAGACUGGUUAUGGCCAGCGAUCUGGUUGUUACCAACUAAAUGGGUAUAUGGAGGUUGGCCAAGAUCUGGAGAAAUAGAUGUAAUGGAGAGCAGAGGAAAUCGAGAGCUUAUAGCAAGAGGCAGUGGACAAAAUCUUGGAGCAGAUCUAGUAGCUAGUACUCUGCACUGGGGACCCGAUGCAAAAAAUAAUAAAUUCAUGAAAACUCACUGGGAAAAGAACCUGGCAGGUGGGUUUGACAAAGCGUAUCACAAAUAUCAAUUAGAGUGGACACCUGAGCAUUUAAAAUUGUCUGUCGAUGAUCAACAAAUUGGAAUCGUUACACCGCCUGCUGGAGGCUUUUGGGAACUUGGCCAGCUCCAGUCGUCAGGACAACAGAAUCCAUGGAGUGGAAAUAAGAUGGCUCCAUUUGACGCGGAGUUUCAUUUAUUGAUUAAUUUGGCCGUUGGAGGAAACUUUUUUCCUGAUGACGCUGAUAAUAAGUCGGGUAAAAAACCAUGGACUAGCACUCAACCUUAUCGUGAGGGUAUGACAAGUUUCUGGAAAGCUAAUCAACAGUGGAAACCUACUUGGCACUUAAACACAGAUGAUUCACAUCUUAAAAUUGACUACGUAAAAGUCUGGGCUUUGUAAUUAUUUAAUAAUAAAUAAAUUAGUAGAUAAAAACUUAUUUAGAAAUGUAUUAUCUCCUCUGUAGUUGUUAUUUAAAAAAAGCGGUCAAUUAAUAACUCACGACCAUAUCUGUUUUUGCUGGUUACCCC